UUGGCUAGGUUAUGCGAGUUCUGGUUUAAUGACUUGGGUCUCGUUUAAAAAUGUUUAUUUUCAGUUCCGCGUCUGUCAUGUUAAAUUUUAUAAGGCAUUAGUCACCCCGUCAGGUUUUCAGUCAGACGCGCUGCGUAUUAAAGAAGCUCUUCGAUCCGAGCGCGCUCUACGUUGGAUGCCGGCCGGGGGAGGGCGAAGGGGGCGGUCCACACGAAGGUCCCGAGGAAAGCCCAUGUCACGUCGGCUUGAAGGAAUUAGUCAAUUUACCAGCGCUGCCGACUGGGCUCGUACGGAGCUGCGGUGGAUCGGCAAACGCAAGCUGCCUGCAUAUAACAGACAGCCGAAGCCGAUGUGCAUGAUCUUCCUGGUCAACAGAGAAACUGGCAUUGUAUUUCAACUAGCGACAUAGGGUGAUUUUUUUCAUUAUGUUGGAUAGCAGCGGAAAGGUACUGAAGGAGGGGCUGAUGGAGAAAAGAAGCGACGGCUUGCUGCAACUGUGGAAGAAGAAGCACUGCGUCCUCACGGAAGAGGGGCUCCUUUUGCACCCCCCGAAGCAGCACGACAAUCCGCAUCACCAACAGCAGCAGGUCAAGGAGCCGGGCAAAAUGAAGGAGUUGCAUUUCUCCAACAUGAAGACGGUGGAUUGCGUCGAGCGGAAGGGCAAGUAUGUUUACUUCACGGUGGUCAUGUCCGAAGGGAAAGAGAUCGACUUCAGGUGUCCGCAAGACGAGGGCUGGAACGCCGAAAUAACUUUGCAGAUGGUGCAGUACAAGAACCGGCAGGCGAUCCUGGCGGUACGGUCCACGAGGCAGAAACAGCAGCUGCUCGUCGUGCAGCUUCCAGGGCACAAAAGCAUCAGGAAUUCGCAAAAUGUGGUGUAAACUGUGAUGGAUGCUCGAGAUGGGUCAAUGGGACCAUCGACCGAGGCUCCCCAGCCGCUACCGGCUCCUGCCGUCCUCGCCGAGCUGAUAACAGGGGCCACCCGAUCGCAGUAAAUCGCUUUUUGUUUGAUUCAGAACAACACCCAUUUCCUCAAACUUUUUUUUUUUUUCUGUUCUUCGUUUACUUUCCCACGAACAAAACAGACCUUCGCUUAUAAAAGAAGGAAGGAAGAAAAGAAGAUAUUUACAUCCACCUUGCGGGUUUUUUUUAUUUUAUUUAUUAUUUGUAAAUAUUUUCCCAUGCGUUUGACAUUUAUGAAUGUGAGACGAUGGAUGUUAUGUAUGUCGGAAGAAAGGUGGAAAGACGUCAGUGGCUUCACAGUGUACUUUUUAAAUAAGAUGUACAACAUCUGAACCCUUGGCUAUACAGCACAAAAACCAGGUACCCAUAGGAAAGCCGUCUCACCGGCGAAGCAGCGCAGUGAACCGGAAAGGCGCUCAUCAAAAUACCACGUUGUUCCCAUUUGUCUUGUUGAAUUAAACCAAAGACCUAAUGCACAACUUCAGAUAAAUUUGUUACAGCAUAAUUUAUACCAUGCAAUUUUAGUUUUGAUAAAUUAUAUGUUUUAUUGAGACAGUUGGAUUAAAAAAAACGAUUUUGUUUUUUUUCGCUUUUUUAUUAUUAUUUUUUAAAUUAUGUUUUAUAGGUCUACUCACAAAGUAGUAAUUAAAGAGACCCUUAAUCAUUCACCUGCGCAGCCGUACUGUCACUAUAGGAAAGUUACUGGUUGAAGUUCGCGCCUUAAAUUCGCCGUUUAUUCCGUUAAAGUGGAAGUGUACUGCUGAGCUCUGUGUGACGGAGUGUAGCUCACGGGCACAGAAUUAUCAGUUUACUUUGGGUUACUUUGUGACUUUUUUUGUCAAAUGGCUGUGCAUUAGUGUUGAGUCUCAGUCCUAUUUUGAUGUGAGAUGUAUUUUCAUACUUCUUAAUACAUUCCAUUUCACUGGAA